AUGGAACCACACCGGGACGCACUGAAGUUGAUAUUUUGGAAGCUCUCGAACCCCCCGCCACAGUCGUGCCACAGCAGCCAGCGUUCUCCAGUCGUCCUGGUCCUGUGCGUGGGUGUGGUGAAAGAGUCUUCCAAAUGUCUCAUCUCGGCAAAUGUUCGCACCAUGGAAGCCCCUGAUACGUUCCCCACAGUCGAGCUAUUGCAGCCAGCGGUCAUCAGUCGUCCCGGCCCUGUGAGUGGGAACGCGGAAGGGGUCUUCCAAACCAUCUCAGACGGCAAGUACAAUUCAGUCUCAAACGAUUCAGGCGUUGAUUCACUUCCCGUCGUUUGCAGUUAUCCAUCGCACGAUCAAUCUAGUCAACCGCUGCACUUGUACUACCAGAACGUUGGAGGCAUGAACAUGCACAUCACCGACUAUUUGCUGGCUUGUUCGGAUGAUUGCUUCGACAUCAUCGCUCUUUCGGAGACGUGGCUCAGUGAUUGUACGCUCUCCGUUCAAGGUUUUGGAUCCAACUACGAAGUCUUCCGUACCGAUCGCAGCCCCUUAAAUAACUCAAAAACUAUUGGAGGCGGGGUGCUUAUCGCAGUGCAUCGUCGUUUGAAGGCGCAACUGAUCGAAACCGCAUCUGGUAAAUGCGUGGAGCAGGUUUGGGUGCGUUUGAAACUGGUCAAUUUUUCCCUCUACCUUUGUGUGAUAUAUCUUCCUCCGGACCGAUGCCGCGAUCUACCGCUAAUCGAUGCACACAUACAGUCGUUGCAAGAAAUUACUUCCACUCAUGUACUACCCGUAGAUGAAAUCUUGAUUGUGGGAGACUUCAACUUUUCCAGCAUAAAAUGGCAAACAAGUUCCGGUGGUUUCUUCUUUCCUGAUCCGGCGCUCUCCACUUUCCACAUUGGCAUUACAACCAUGCUCGACGGCUACAACCUCAACCUUCUUCGACAGUCGAAUCCUGUCGUUAAUGAAAAUAACCGGAUGUUGGAUCUUUGCUUUUCAAGUAGAGAAGAUGUUGCACCAAAGAUUAGUGCUUCACCGUUCCCUCUGGUCAAUUCCGUUCGUCAUCAUCCUCCACUACAUAUUGUGCUCGAUUCAAAUCGCUUACAGAACGCCUGCAUUCCAACGGACAUCAUCUGCUAUAAUUUUAGUAGAACCGACUACACCAAUAUGACCGACUUCUUGACGCAAAUCGACUGGGAUGAAGUUCUCGACAACGAUGAUGUCAAUGCUGCUGUGCAGACGUUUUCUAAUGUUAUGAGCUACGCAAUCGACUACUAUGUACCGAAACGAUCGAGACGGCAGACCCGGCAUCCACCAUGGCUGACUGCGGAAGCGAGACAUCUGAAAACGACCAAAAGAGCCGCUCUAAAGAGGUAUUCUAAACAUGGAGGAUUUUCCCUGCGUAAUCACUACGUGCAGAUAAAUCAGUUGUACAAGAAAACCGUUAAGCGCUGCCAUGCCAACUACUUGAACAACCAGCAAAUUGCUGCCGCAGCACUUAACGUUCCCCUGUCUAAUAACUCAUUGAACUGCAUCAAUAUUGACGAAGACUCAAUACGGACGGCAAUUGUAGGAAUGAAAGCCUCAAAUUCUCCAGGCCCCGAUGGAAUACCGGCAGUUAUUCUUAAAAAGUGCUCGCGUGGAGUAAUCGCUCCCCUCUGCAAACUGUUUCGAAUGUCUCUCGCUACAGAAGUUUUCCCCAAUUUAUGGAAAGCUUCCUUUAUGUUCCCAGUCCACAAGAAAGGCGAUAAAAAGGAUAUAAACAACUACCGCGGUAUCACUUCCCUUAGCGCUAUACCAAAGCUGUUCGAAAAGGUUGAUUUUGAUGGUGCAAAAACGUCAGUUCAGCAUAAAUUGUAG